CAGCUGUGGAGAUCCAGGUGCAGUAGCAAAUGGCAUUCAGUUUGGAAAUGAUUUCACCUUUAAUAAGACAGUCAGCUAUCAGUGCAAUCCAGGAUAUGUGAUGGAACCUGCCAGUUCAUCUACCUUGCGUUGUGUAAAAGACAGUACUUGGAACCAGAGUAAACCAAUUUGCAAAGCUAUCACCUGUGGCCCCCCUCCACCAGUUCUCUAUGGAAAAGUGGAAGGAUCUGAUUAUCGUUGGGGUGCUAGUGUGAGUUACAGCUGUGCAGAAGGAUAUCAGCUAUCUAACACAGCUAUUCUUUCCUGUGAGGGUCGAGGAGUAUGGCGGGGAGACAUCCCACAGUGUUUACCGGUGUUUUGUGGUGACCCUGGUACUCCAGCAGAAGGACGCUUGAAUGGAAAAAGCUUCACCUACAGAUCUGAAGUUAGCUUUCAGUGUAGACCUCCUUUUAUUCUGAUAGGCUCUUCAAGAAGAUUUUGCCAAGCAGAUGGUACUUGGAGUGGAAUACAACCAACGUGCAUUGAUCCGGCUCAUAAUACAUGUACAGACCCUGGCACUCCACAUUUUGGAAUACAAAACAGUUCCAGAGGUUAUGAGGUUGGAAGUACAGUCUUUUUCAGAUGUAGAAAAGGUUAUCAUAUUCAGGGAUCUACAACCCGUUCUUGUCUUGCUAACUUAACUUGGAGUGGCAUACAGUCUGAAUGUAUUCCUCAUGCAUGCAGGCAGCCAGAGACACCGGCACAUGUAGAUGUGAAAGCAAUAGAUCUUCCUACUUUAGGGUAUACUUUGGUGUAUACCUGUCAGCCAGGAUUUUUUCUUGCUGGUGGAUCAGAGCAUCGGACAUGUAAGCCAGAUAUGAAAUGGACAGGAAAAUCACCUAUUUGUAAAAGUAAAGGAGUGAGAGAAGUUAAUGAAACAAUAACUAAAACUCCAGUGGUGAACUGUUCUGAUCCUGGUUUUGUUGAAAAUGCUAUUCGACAUGGCCAACAGAAUUAUCCUGAAAGUUUCAAAUAUGGGACAAGUGUGGCAUACCAUUGCAAGAAGGGCUUUUAUCUGUUGGGCUCAUCUGCUUUGACCUGUAAAUCUAACGGCUUAUGGGAUAGAUCACUGCCAAAGUGUUUGUCCAUUUCUUGUGGACAUCCUGGGGUACCUGCCAAUGCAGUUCUUUCUGGAGACAAAUUUACGUAUGGCUCCAUAAUUCACUAUUCUUGCACAGCGGGUCGAAGGCUCAUAGGAAAUUCUACAAGGGUGUGCCAAGAAGAUAGCCACUGGAGUGGGACUCUCCCUCACUGUUCAGGAAAUAAUCCUGGUUACUGUGAUGACCCAGGAAUACCAGCCCAUGGGUCUAGACUAGGAGAUGAGUUCAAAAUAAAAAGUUUGCUUCGUUUCUCCUGUGAAAUGGGUUAUCAGCUGAGAGGAUCUUCAGAACGAACAUGCUUGCUUAAUGGAUCUUGGUCAGGUAUACAGCCUGUGUGUGAAGACUUAAUUCCUAAAGCCCUACAGCUUUUAUAUGUGAAUAAUCACACCAGUGUAUAUAGAUCUCCUGACCGUAAACAUCUUGAUUUCUGA